AUGGUAUCGAGCUCAGGAAAAAAAGCACGCAUAUCGCGUUCAUCUCGUGCAGGAUUGAUUUUUCCAGUUACUCGUAUGCAUCGUUAUCUUAAAGCUGCUCCAACAGCUACCGCUCGAGUAACGAAAGGUGCCGCUGUUUAUUUAGCAGCUGUAGCUGAAUAUCUUGUUGCUGAAGUACUUGAAUUAAGUGGUAAUGCUGCAAGAGAUAAUCAACGUAGUCGAAUUAUUCCAAGACAUAUGUUACUUGCUGUAUCUAUGGAUUUAGAACUUAAUAAUUUACUUCGAGGUUGUAUGAUUCCUCAAGGUGGCGUUCUUCCGUCCAUUCUUCCAGCACUUUUAUCUAAAGGUACUGGUGACGGACCAAGCCAAUCAUCAACAAACUCGUCACCAAAGGUUUCAGUAGCAAAGAAAACAAAAGGUGCAACAACUGUAAAAGCUCCUGCACGUAAACCAGCAUUAACUAAGACUGGUCUAGGAAGUUUUACAGUAUUUAGUGCACCUAAAUCAAAGGCAGUUGCACUUAAAGGUACUGCAGUAACAACAUUAUCUGAACGUUUGACUGUGGUUCAAGGAAGUAUAGUAAAUAUUAAAGCUGAUGCUAUUGUUCAUCCAACUAGUACUUCACUUAACAUGGGUGGUGAAGUUGGUCAUGCUUUAGCUAAAGCAGGAGGAAAAGAAUUACGCGAUGCAUUAUUAGAAGCAGGAAAAACGAAAUCAUUGACAAGUGUUGCAGAUGUGGUUAUAACCGAUGCACCUAAUUUAUCUGCUUCACAUUUAAUUCAUGUUAAUUCACCAACAUGGAAUGCUGGUACACAAGCAGAAUGUAUUAAUGAUCUUGAUAAAGCAACGACAAAUAUUCUUACAUUAGCUGACAAAGAAGGUCUUACAUCAGUAGCAAUACCAAGUAUUAGUAGUGGAAAUGCUGGAUUUCCAAAACAAACAGCUGCUCAAACAAUUCUUGCAGCUUUAUCAAAAUAUUUUCGACAAACAGCAACAACAAAUCUUCAACAAGUAUUUUUUGUUUUAUACGAUGCUGAAAGUGUGAAUGUUUAUACAACUGAACUUCAACGUAUGGUUGAAUAG